UUUCCAAGGUUUCUUCAGGUUUGGCAGGUUGCGCGGCGGCGGGUUCUGGGAGCCAAGGCAACCGGGAAUCUUCCCGGGGUCACAAGAGCGCCCCCUUGUCCUGCCGCUUCGGGGGCACAGCUGCGGUAAUGGCUCCAGUGUCCAGUUCGCGCAGCCCUGAGGGGGAGGCCUCAGGCUCCGGAGGAAAACGCCGCAGUUCGUCGAAGAGCCCCAAACCCAGCAAGUCUUCCCGCUCCCCGCGGGGUCGCAGGUCUCGCUCGCGCUCUUGUUCUCGGUCUGGUGACAGGAAUGGCCUCAGUCAUCAGCUGGGUGGCCUCAGUCAAGGUUCCCGAAGCCAGUCCUACCGCUCACGCUCGCGUUCGCGCUCUCGAGAGCGGCCCUCUGCGCCACGGAGCACCCCCUUUGCUUCUGCCUCCUCGUCCGCCUAUUAUGGCAGCUACUCACGCCCGUACGGGAGCGACAAGCCGUGGCCUAGCCUUCUGGACAAGGAGAGGGAAGAGAGCCUGCGGCAGAAGAGAUUAAGUGAGAGAGAGAGGAUUGGAGAAUUAGGAGCUCCUGAAGUAUGGGGACUUUCUCCAAAGAAUCCUGAACCUGACUCUGAUGAACAUACACCAGUAGAGGAUGAAGAGCCAAAGAAAAGCACUACUUCAGCAUCUAGUUCAGAAGAUGAAAAGAAGAAAAAGAAGAAGUCUAGUCAUUCAAAAGAAAGGUCUAAGAAAAGGAGAAAGAAAAAAUCAUCCAAAAGAAAACAUAAGAAGUAUUCUGAAGAUAGUGACAGUGACUCUGAUUCUGAAACAGACUCUAGUGAUGAAGACACAAAAAGGAGAGCAAAGAAAACUAAGAAAAAGGAAAAGAAGAAGAAACACAGAUCGAAGAAAUAUAAGAAAAGAAAGUCUAAGAAGAACAGAAAAGAGUCUAGUGAUUCAAGCUCUAAGGAUUCCCAAGAAGAAUUUCUAGAGAAUCCCUGGAAGGAUCGAUCAAAGGCUGAAGAACCCUCAGAUUUAAUUGGCCCAGAGGCUCCAAAAACACUUGCCUCUCAAGAUGAUAAACCUUUGAACUAUGGCCAUGCUCUCUUACCUGGUGAAGGUGCAGCUAUGGCCGAAUAUGUAAAAGCUGGAAAACGUAUCCCACGAAGAGGUGAAAUUGGCUUGACAAGUGAAGAAAUUGCAUCAUUUGAAUGCUCGGGUUAUGUAAUGAGUGGUAGCAGGCAUCGCCGGAUGGAGGCUGUGCGACUGCGGAAAGAGAACCAGAUCUACAGUGCUGAUGAGAAGAGAGCCCUUGCAUCCUUUAACCAAGAAGAGAGACGAAAGAGAGAGAACAAGAUUCUGGCCAGUUUUCGAGAGAUGGUAUACAGAAAGACCAAAGGAAAGGAUGACAAAUAAGGAUUUUCUGAUUGUUCAGCAGACAUUUUUAAUAACAAAAAAGAAAACCUGGGUUCCACACAUAUACAUAAAAAGAUUAUUAUGCUCUGAAAAAGCUUUACAGUGCUAUGGUGCCUUCUAUUUAACUCUUUCAGUCCCUCAAUAAAAAGCUGCUGUAUUAAUAUAUCUUUAGUAAGUUCUUUUGGAUUGACUACAACUUUCUGGUUUAAAAAUCCAAAAUAUGAAUGAACUCCUACUGUAUUAGGGGAGGUGGCAUGGAGAGAAGUGUCAGUGAGAUGAGAAAUCUUAAUCACAUUGCCAUGGUUCGGUGCUACUAUUGCUCUACAUGAUGCUCUCCCCAACUCCACUGUCCUUGUGGGAAAUGAUCAUUCCUCUGUGUUGAAUGUGUUAUAAAUGGACUUGAUAGAAGCUAUAUAGGAGGCUGUUUUUUAACAAAAUGCAGGCUUUGCUUAAAGCAAAUCUGGAAUUUGAAAACUGACUUGUAUAAUACAGUAUACAGUCAGCCCAGGAAAUAAUGUAAUUUUGGUUUAAGUCCCUACCUCCACUCUAAAACCAACAAACCAAAAUGCAUACUAACCCACUGAUUUGUUUAAUUGAAAAUGUGAACAUUAGGUGUUUUUAAUUCCUAAUAAGUUACUUAAAAAUAGUUAUUUCAGGGGCUGGGGGUGUAGCUCAGUGGUAGAGCAGCAGGUGCUUGGCAUGUGCAAGGCCCUGAAUAUGAACUUCAGCACUGCAAGAAACAAAAAGUUCUUUCAAAUAUAAAGUCUUGGGAAAUUUAUUGCUGUGCCAAUAUAAAUACAGUAUUUCUAUCUAAGUUGUAAUUUUAAUGAUAAGAUAACAUCUAAAAAGAGUGAGUGUCAACUAUGAUCAAGAGUACUGAUGGGAAAAAUAUAAUGAAUUAGUAUUUUAACUUAGUUGUUUCAUACAGAUAUAGCCAAAAUGAUAUUAAACUUUUUUAACCUUGUCCUUUAUGUAAUAGGCAGAUUUCAUUUUAAGCAUUAUUAAAUCUUUCAGUUUGUUUUUAUAUCUACCAUUCAGUUUAAUCCUUAACUUUGUAUAAAAGCCUCUCAUUUUAUCACUUCUUUUUGAAAAGUGAAAAUUGUAGGACUAUGUGAUCAUAACCUUUUUCCUUCCCUUAUUUUGUUCAAUUUUAGUUAGGUCACAAGUGUAAAAGGGGAGAGGGCAGUGGAAAUUUUGACUGUUAUUGUUAAGGUUGGAAAUUGUUUGGUCUAUGUUAUUAUAUACAUAGGAUAAAUUUAGAUUACUGGGUGAUGGAGAAAUCUUGACUGUGUUACUUUUAAAUGCCCUCUCUCCUUAUAAUAGUUUAAAAUGGUUUUUCUUUAGGGAAUUUUUAAGUAAAGCAGUUGUAUUUCAUAGUGUAGAACACAGGUUUUUCUGUAUGUUCUAGGAAAAUGUCUACUUUUAACCCAUAACUACUGAACUAAAUAACUGUCAGCGUGUAACAACAUUCAUGACCCCUGAACUUGAAGGGAUUUGCAUUUAUCCAUAUCGCUGAGCCUAAUAAAUCUGUAGUUUCCUAAAGUUAAAAGGAAACUAGAGCUGGGCAUGGUGGCACAUGCCUGUAAUCCCAGCAACUGUGGAGACGGAGGCAGGAGGAUCACAAGUUCAAGGUCAGCCUCAGCAAUUUAGCAAGACCCUUUCUCAAAAUAAAAAAUAAAAAGGACUGGGUAGCUCAGUAGGAAAGCAACCCUGUGUCCAGUCCCAGUAUUACAAAAGAAAAAAAAAUCUAAGUCCCAAACUCAUCUUAAUCCAUCUACUUCUUUAUAUAAUAAAACCUAAAGUUUAUAAUUUCCCCUUAAAACUUUUAUUCUCUAAGGACAUUAUUUUUUGUUACUGGUUCCUAGAAACUCAGUAUAUUUGUUUAUUUUUAGGAGGCAAGACAGUUUUAAUUGUAGCAAUUUUGUGAUAUAUGAAUAUUAUGAAUUUUUUUUUGGGGUGCUGGGGAUCAAACCCAGGGCCUUGUGCUUACAAGGCAAGCACUCUACCAUCUGAGCUAUCUCCCCAGUCCCCAUGAAUUUUUAUUUGAUUCUUCUGUGUCCUCCAGAGAGCAGAUGUUCAACAACUGUUUGUUGAAUUAAUGAAAGAAAAGAUAUUUAUUUCAGAACCUUACCAUUCCUUUCAUCAGGGUUUGUUGAGGAAAGAUCUGCCAAAGAAUAGUUUCAGUAGCAUAUUCUUUGGGGAAGAAAAGGGAAGAAUAAAAGGGCUAAAAGUAUUUCAUUGUCAGCUUAUUAUAGUUAAUGCUUCAAACUGUUUUUAGUCACUUGAGCCAUAAGUCAAAGAGUAAAGCUAGUGUAUUUUAAGUGUGUAUAUAUAUAUAUUUUGUUCUUGGAGAAGACUUAUCUAGUUUCUCACCUCAUACCUAUUGCUCUGAUAGGAUUAUCCUUCCUUUUUAAUUUAUUGUACAGAUAUGAUAGUAAGAAUGAAGGAAGAAAAAUUACAGUUCUACCACUUCAAUUCUCAUUUGUAUUCUGUGUUUCCAGUGUUCGUAUUUGUAAAUAUGUAUUCUAAUGUACUUGUAAGUAGUCACUCAGAGUAUAAUGUAAUUUUGUCUUUGAUGUUUUAAAAUUUCUCAAACAGACAAGGUAGCCCCACAGGAAAAAGAAACAAGUGAUGAUCUGGUGUGACGAUAGGAAGAACAGAAAUAAGUGAGGGUAGUCACUGAAUCUGUCCCUGUGUCUUUUUCCCCACCCCAUCCUCAAGCCACCCAGCUGCCAUCACAAGUGAAAUGGUAUGUUGAGGAAGACAUCAUGCCAGAUGGCAGAGUUUCAAAAUGUAUUGUAUAGCAGUGAGAUUUAACUCACUGUAAAUGAAUGGGCCUGUGAGGAAGGGAACCCUUCAUACUGGUUAUACGGUAAGCUGUCAAACUUUUGCCAUAUUUUUUUGGUCCCCUAAUUGUGCUCAUAAAAGGUAUGUCUGGGCUGGAGGCUUAAGUGCAGAGGGGAAACAAUAAACCAAGUAUUAAUCUUAGUUUGAUCUGAGAGGUGAAUUUUAGCACCUCCGAAUUCGGCUCUGUACUUGCAAGAAUCUAAAGGAUGCACAGAGAGAUAGUAAAAUCUUUUAGAAAACAGAAAACAUACUGGUUACUCUGCUAAUGUGAUGGAAGUUGAAUGGAAAAUGAAUGCAAAAAAAUUACAGCUGGAUUGUGUGCCACAAGUUUAUUAUUCAAUAAAUAUUCUGUGGUUCGA